ACUACUACGGCUUGAAAUGUAACACAAAAUAUACACUAUUGAAGAGUGCACGUUCACAGCUGGAAUACCGCUGUUCACAACAAGGAUUGUGUUAUAUAAAAAUAAACGAAGGAGAAGAAGAGAAUGAAAAAAGAAAACAACUUUGCCAUGUCACUAGGAUUGCUUGCGGUGUUAUGUUUGAUUUCUACAGUUUCUGCGGUGGAAGAGACAGUGAUGGACACUCGAAUCGCCACGGCAGAGCUUGGCUGGACGGCGUACCCUGCGUCUGGGUGGGAAGAGGUGAGCGGGUAUGACGAAAACCUGAACACCAUCCGCACAUACCAGGUGUGCAAUGUUUUUGAAUCCAGCCAGAACAACUGGCUGCUGACCACCUUCAUUGACCGGCGGGCAGCCCAGCGCAUCUAUGUGGAGAUGCGUUUCACCGUCCGCGACUGCAGCAGCAUCCCCAACGUGCCAGGCUCCUGCAAAGAGACAUUCAACCUCUACUACUACGAGACAGACUCAGUCAUUGCCACCAAGGGCACGGCCUUCUGGACAGAAGCCCCGUACCAGAAAGUGGACACCAUCGCAGCUGAUGAGAGCUUCUCGCAGGUGGACUUCGGUGGACGGCUCAUGAAAGUCAAUACUGAGGUCCGCAGUUUCGGCCCACUCAACAAGAACGGUUUCUACCUGGCUUUCCAGGACUAUGGAGCCUGCAUGUCUCUGCUCUCCGUUCGUGUCUUCUAUAAGAAGUGCCCCAGCAUUGUGCAGAACUUCGCCAUGUUCCCGGAGACCAUGACAGGUGCUGAGAGCACUUCUCUGGUCAUUGCUCGUGGAAUCUGCAUCCCCAACUCCCAGGAAGUGGACGUGCCCAUCAAGCUGUACUGUAACGGGGAUGGCGAGUGGAUGGUACCCAUUGGUAGCUGCACUUGCAAGGCCGGCUAUGAGCCAGACAACGGGAAUGUGUGCAGAGCUUGCCCACCUGGGACAUUUAAAUCCAGCCAGGGUGCCGAUCUGUGCCUGCAGUGUCCUCACAACAGCAGAUCCAACACUGAAGCGGCUACAAUCUGUAUCUGCAGGAACGGCUACUAUCGGGGAGACUCGGACUUCCCCUAUGCACCCUGCACUGGCGUUCCCUCUGGCCCUCGGAACGUGAUUUCCAUCGUGAAUGAGACCUCCAUCAUCCUGGAGUGGCACCCUCCCCGUGAGGCCGGUGGCCGCGACGACGUCAUGUACAACAUCAUCUGCAAGAAGUGCAGCUCGGACCGCAAGACGUGCUCCCGCUGCGACGAGAACGUGGAGUUUGUGCCGCGCCAGCUGGGCCUCACCGAGACACGCGUCUACAUCAGCAGCCUCUGGGCGCACACCCUUUACACCUUCGAGAUCCAGGCCGUCAAUGGAGUCUCCAACAAGAGCCCCUACCCACCCCAGCACGUCUCUGUCAGCAUCACCACCAACCAGGCUGCUCCCUCCAUGGUUCCCAUCAUGCACCAGGUGAGUGCCACCAUGAAGGCCAUCACGUUGUCAUGGCCGCAGCCGGAGCAGCCCAAUGGAAUCAUCUUGGACUACGAGCUCCGAUACUACGAGAAGGACCACAACGAGUUCAAUUCUUCUAUGGUGAAGAGCCAAACCAACACCGCCCGCAUUGACGGGCUGAGGCCUGGCACUGUGUAUGUGGUGCAGGUCCGUGCCAGGACUGUUGCCGGCUUCGGCAAAUACAGUGGGAAAAUGUGCUUCCAGACCCUAACAGAUGAUGACUAUAAGUCGGAGCUCAGAGAGCAGCUGCCAUUGAUUGCUGGUUCAGCUGCGGCCGGUGUUGUAUUCAUUGUGUCUCUGGUUGCCAUUUCCAUUGUCUGCAGCAGGAAAAAAGUGUAUACCAAGGAAGCAGUGUACAGUGACAAACUGCAGCACUACAGUACUGGUCGAGGCUCUCCAGGGAUGAAAAUCUACAUUGACCCCUUCACCUACGAGGACCCCAAUGAGGCCGUUCGGGAGUUUGCCAAGGAGAUUGACGUCUCCUGCGUGAAGAUUGAAGAGGUCAUCGGAGCAGGGGAGUUUGGGGAAGUGUACAAGGGCCGUCUGAAACUGCCAGGGAAGAGAGAGAUUUACGUGGCCAUCAAGACUCUCAAAGCAGGAUACUCGGAGAAGCAGAGACGCGACUUCCUGAGCGAGGCCAGCAUCAUGGGCCAGUUCGACCACCCCAAUAUCAUCCGCCUGGAGGGCGUGGUCACCAAGAGCCGGCCAGUCAUGAUUAUCACAGAGUUCAUGGAGAAUGGUGCUCUCGACUCCUUCCUGCGACAAAAUGAUGGUCAGUUCACGGUUAUCCAGCUAGUGGGAAUGAUGCGCGGCAUUGCAGCCGGGAUGAAGUACCUCUCAGAAAUGAACUACGUGCACCGUGACCUGGCAGCUCGGAACAUCCUGGUCAACAGCAACCUGGUGUGUAAAGUGUCUGACUUCGGCCUCUCUCGAUACCUGCAGGAUGACACCUCCGACCCCACCUACACCAGCUCCCUGGGAGGGAAGAUCCCAGUUCGAUGGACGGCCCCCGAAGCCAUUGCGUACCGCAAGUUCACCUCGGCCAGUGACGUGUGGAGCUACGGGAUCGUCAUGUGGGAAGUGAUGUCGUUCGGAGAGAGGCCCUACUGGGAUAUGUCCAACCAGGAUGUGAUCAAUGCCAUCGAACAAGACUACCGCCUGCCCCCACCCAUGGAUUGCCCUGCCGCCCUGCACCAGCUCAUGCUAGACUGCUGGCAGAAGGACCGCAACACCCGACCACGAUUCACAGAUAUUGUCAACACCCUGGACAAGAUGAUCCGUAACCCCAUCAGCCUCAAAGCUGUGGCUACCAUCACCGCCGUGCCUUCUCAGCCCUUGUUGGAUCGCUCCAUCCCUGACUUCACCACUUUCACCUCAGUGGAAGAGUGGCUAGGAGCCAUCAAAAUGAACCAGUACCGAGACAACCUCCUGAGUGCCGGCUUCACCUCCCUCCAGCUCGUUGCACAGAUGACUUCAGAGGACCUUCUGCGGACAGGAGUGACUUUAGCUGGACACCAGAAGAAAAUCCUUAGCAGCAUCCAGUCUAUGAGGGUACAGAUGAGCCAGUCCCCCACCUCCAUGGCAUGACAGGAGAGUGCAUCCUGGGAUAGGUCUCAAAACAUUAGAAGGACCGCAGGGGGGACAGAAGACCUGACCGAAUAUUCCUGGGUGGAACCUAUCAUUUUAAUUUAAUUUCUGGUGCAUAGUCGGCCAAAAACAUUAAUUAUUUGGUGCCAUUUCAUUGAAGGAAAAUAGUAAAGACGCUUGUAUUUUGCUUGAGAAAAAUACAUACUUAAAAGAAAAAGAAAAAAACUAAAAUAAGAAUUUCUCUGAUAAGAAUUUCAGAGUAGUGGAUUUUAAUUUGUUUUCUUGGACUCAGACCCUAAUACUCAACUAGAUGGAAUCAAUAUUCGAUGGAAUACAAACGCUACUUUUUCAUUAAUGCUGUGACGUUUUCUGUAAGACUAUCCGCAGUAUCUUCUGAUAUCUACAGGGGGCGUCAUUGCCAAAGGACUGCUCUUAUGGCUGUACCCGGAUUGGAAAUCCAUUAAAUAAAUCUUCAUAUUGAAGGUGACGUGUAAUAAAUAUAUAUAUAUACUUUUUUUUUUUUCUGCUUGCAUUUUUGGCAAUGAUGUCUGUGCUACCUGGAUUGUAUCUGACACCCAUACUGGACUUUGACUGGCUGCUUGUAAGAAUAUGUGAAUGCCAGCGUAUGGAACCAGGAUUGUAACUAGAAGCAAAUCCUACUAAUGACAUUCUAAAUAAUUAUGACUUGACUGAUGCUGUAUAGACUACCCGCAAUGUAUAAGGUUUCAAUUACCCAGCUGACAUCAGCGGACAUUACAAGAAAAUUGCUAACAUGUGAACUGUGCUGCGGCACGCUGCUGAUCUACAGAAAGCAGUGGAGAUCUGUACUUCUUUUUUUUUUAAUCUAUUUUGUUUUGGAAGGCUUGGAAAUGUACAUUUUAAGGAUGGUCCCCACUUGGCUGCCUAAACAUCCUGGCACUUCACCACACUCACUGUAAUCAUAAGGCUUGGCUUUAACAAAGACAAAACGAAAUAUGUGGCUGACAAACAUCUCCAUCCGAGCACCAAAUGGAAAGAUAAGAAAAGUGAUUCCUGUUAUCGGAAUGGGGAGGGGCAAUCGCUGCCAUUUGAGUUGACAUCAUGCACUUAAACUCCACCUAUGUCUGGACAGCCAAUCAAACAGGACUGUGCCAGAUGUUCCCGGCAACUCACUGUACAUAGAAAAUGAGGGGACUGUAAAUUAAAUUUUGUUUGUUUUGUUGUAUAUUUCUGAUUUGUUAAGUGUGUUGAGUAUGUUGGAGUUUGUAAUUGUACCUUUCUGAAAAUAUUGUACUAAAA